AUGGAUACGAAAAAAUACAGAAAGCCGAAUACUACAGAUAAACAAAAAAAAUUACUAGUAGACUUCAUGGUAUUACAUCCAGAACUGGUGUCUGGGAAAAAUACCUCGAAGUCUACAGUAAAACAGAGACAAAAGCUGUGGGAAAGAAUUUCAGAAGUUUUAAACUCUGAAGUUGGUCCAAAUAAAUCUUGGAGUGAGUGGAGAAAGACAUGGUGUGAUUUAAAAACAAAUGUUAAGAGUAAGGCAGGGUGUAACAGAAAGGAAAGGAAUAAAACUGGUGGUGGAGAAGUAGAUUUAGAAGUGUUUAGUGAGUUUGAAAAUAAGAUAUUGGAACUGAUCGGUCCGACAAUAGUUGAAGGACAUAGUUCAGUGCAAGAAAGCACUGCUGAUAUUUCGUUUUUUGUACCACAUUUAUCAACACAAAGCUUAAAUGAGUCAAAUGUAGAAUUGGUCAAUGAUAUGCCUGCUAUGAUAAAUGAUGUCUCAGAUGAUAAUAUGUGGAAUGAUGGUUGCUUGACUCAAGGACUUGAAGAUCUUUUAUCUAGUGUAGAAGAAAUAAAUAAAGUGGUUGAUGAUAAUUGUGCUAAUGACCCUAUAACAAAUGGCCCAACCGUAUCACAACCAUCAAUUAGAAAUGUAUAUAGUGGUAAAAAAAAAUCAAAAAUGAACAACUUGCAGAAUACUGUUGCUGCCACAAAAUCAUUUGCUGCUAUAAGUCAAAAAAAAACAAAAAUUAAGGCCAAUUAUUAUGAAAAAAAAUUAAUAUUGCUGGAAAGAAUUGCUGCAGCUGAGGAAAAAAAAGCUGAAGCUUUAACGAGUAUUGCUCAAAGUCUGGAAAGUAGAUAUAAAAUUUAACUGCUUGUUAAGCGCUUAUUUAAAAUUGUUUAUUUGUUUUCUUCUUCUCUUCUUUGCUUAACUUUUAUGCUUUAUAUGUUUUUUUUUAUUAAAAUCUUCUUA